AGACGUAGAUGGAAAAGAAAUCUUAAUAAUUGUUUGCCAAGAAAAAAAUGAUGAUAAUACUAAUUGUAAUACAUCAUAUGUUUAUACUAGCGGAUCAACAGGAAAUGCAAUCUCCGAAAUGC